AUGAAAACGUUUUAUUUAGUUCUAUCUUUAUGCGUUUUGCAAGUGCAUUCAAUGGCGCUCACGGGACCAGUUUUAACAAGAUACCGACCGUGCGAACUUGGUGUGAUACAUUUCGACAAAAUAACGGAUUUAUUGUGGCGCGGCGAAAUGGACUUAGAAUUAUACCAUAUGUUGGUGAACAUAGAGAUUGAAAUCGCCUUCGAAAAACAGAUGUCACUCCAUGGGAUUUCGCAUAACAGUACAGUUAUUAUUAAAAAUCAGUCACAUGAUUACAUAUUCAAACCAAAAGAUGAUAUCCCAAAGAAAUAUUACAUCUAUAUGUCAAUAAAUGGAAGUACUACACCGGAAGUACCAGUGGUGACCACCUUUAGACUUAACGAAAUGGAGCUUUGUAACGAUUAUGUUAAGGCCACUCAAACCAUAGAUUCGUUAAAUGCGACAAGAGUAAACGACACAGAUUACCGACAUUAUUGUGGUAGAAGAGCUUUAGAACACGGAGAAUUGACUUCUAUGCGGGCCGAUUCAAAGUCUGGAGACUGGCCAUGGCAUGUGGCGAUAUUGAUAAGAAAACCAAAUACGAAUCUAGCGAAUUACCAGUGUGGAGGAAACGUUAUAACCAGGACUGCGAUUCUAACUGCUGGCCACUGUGUGUUUUUAGAAGGUAAAUUAAUAGAAGCUCAGAGAAUUAUUAUUGAAGCCGGUGUUGCAAAUCUCAGAAAUAUGAAUGAGACUGGAAGACAAACAUUAAAAGCUGAGAGAGUAAUUCUGCAUCCGGGCUACAGUACAGAGCACGCUACUUCAGACCUCGCUAUUGUAGUUGUAAAUAAACUGCGCUAUACUGAAUACGUCCAACCCAUUUGUAUUUGGGGGCCAGUUUACGACAAAACUGCACUUUUUGGCAAGUCGGCUGUGGUGACUGGAUUUGGGACAACGGAACAAAACGUGUUGUCAGACACACUUAAAUCGACGGACACGUUAAUACAGAAUGACACAACGUGCAUUUCAUAUAUGCCUAAAUUAUAUUCGAAAUUACUUAAUGAAUUUACAAUUUGCGCCGGCUUUGGACCUAACACUGGUAUUAAUCCUCGAAACGGAGACAGUGGGGGUGGACUAGUUGUUCCCACUAUACAGCCCGAUCACAAAGUCAGUUGGUUUCUUCGCGGAGUAUUGUCCAAAUGCGGCAUAUUGACUGGGCAAAAAUUCUGUGAUCCGAAACUCUACGUAGUGUACACGGAUGUAGGGCCACAUUAUGGCUGGAUAUAUCAUCAUGCUGGUUUACGUUAUUCUAAUAAUGUUAUUUGAUACAAUAAGUUUAAA